AUAUACUGUAUUGCCAAAAGUAUUUGGUAUUGGGACCGCCCUCCAUACCAUGUGAUUCAGGUGCUCCAAUCCCCUCCAUGGACACAGGUGUAUACAAUCAAGCCCCUAGGCAUGCAGACUGCUUCUACAAACAUUGGUGAAAGAAUGGGUCGCUCUCAGGAGCUCAGUGACUCCAAGCGUGGUCCCGUGAUAGGUGGCCACCUGGGCAAUAAGUCCAUCCGUGACAUUUCCUGGCUACUAAAUAUUCCACGCUCAACUGUUAGUGGGAUUAUAACAAAGUGGAAGCAACUGGGAAUAACAGCCACUCAUCCACCAAGUGGUAGGCCACGUCACAUGACAGGGCGGGGUCAGCGCAUGCUGAAGCGCACAGUGCGCAGAAGUCACCAAUUGUCUGCAGAGUCAAUAGCUAAAGACCUCCAAACUUGGUGUGGCCUUCAGAUGAGCCCAACAACAGUGCAUAGAGAGCUUCAUGGAAUGGGUUUCCAUGGCCGGUAGCUGCAUCCAAGCCUUCCAUCACCAAGUGCAAUGCAAAGCCUCGGAUGCCGUGGUGUAAAGCACGCCACCACUGGACUCUAG